UGCCGGGUGUUAUGUCGGGAGCCAACGGACAGAGCAUAUUCGACUUUGACAAGAACGAAGACGGCGUUGUUAACGGCAUGGAGCUGUACAGCGUGUUGACCUACCUCGACGGUAGACUCGGUUACACACCGAAAGAGGCCAGAGUCAUUCUCCAAUUGGCCGAUACUGAUGGGGAUAACCAACUGGACAUUUCAGAUCUUCUGCAGUUGUCCAUGCUUGUUGAGACAGAAUCACUUCAGCACAAAUGACAAGUUAAUAACAUAUAUCGUAUGUAACUAUAUUUCACAUGUAUUUGUAUAGUUAAGAAAAUAUACUUUAAAAAUAAAAUAGUAUU